AUGACUCUCGCAGAGGCAGGCCACGCGGUGGGAGCCGCGCUAGGGCCAAUAUCAUGGACUGUGCUCGCUGUGAUCGCGGUACUGCUUGGUUUGUACAAUCGGCUGCUUCCCAAGCCUAUUCCGGGAAUUCCAUACAACACCAAAUCAGCUCGAAGACUGCUGGGGGAUGCCCCCGAUAUGAUCCGGGAGGUCAGCGUCACCAGGGAGUUGAACGUGUGGAUGGUCAAGCAAGUCACCAAGCUUCAGACUCCGUUGUGCCAGGUCUUCGUGACGCCAUUUUCGCGGCCAUGGCUCCUUCUGGCGGAUUCGACUGAGGCCCAGGAUAUCAUGGUCCGACGGCCCGAGUUCGACCGGUCUGACUUUAUCACGGAUGGCCUGAGCCCGUUGGACGCCUUUCACGCCCGGAUGAAAACGGGCCAGAGCUGGAAGGAGACGCGUGCGUGGCUGCAGGAUCUCAUGGGACCGAGCUUUCUCAACAACAUUGUCGGCCCGGUCAUGUACGACAACUCGAAGCAGCUCGUGGAAUUCUGGGAGAAGAAGGCUCGUCUGGCCAGCGGCCGCGCCUUUGAUGUCAACGAGGAUCUGAACCACAGUGCCCUCGAUGGCAUGCUGUCGUUUGUGUUUGAUCGCCAUUUCAAGCACACUGCCUUGGGCCCGCAGAUCGAGGCUGCGUCCAAGCUCGACCCUUCGGAAGUGGAGGUGGGACCUAAUGGAGAGGCCAAAUUCCCAGAGGGACACCUCAAUGAGUUUAUCGGUGCACUGUACGAAACUGUGGAUGCCAUCGACAAAGUGACCAAGUCCAUAUCACCUCGGUUCGCCAUGUGGUGGAUCCGCCAGACCCCUCGGUACAGGAAGGUAACUGCCAUGAAGAGAAAGGUCGUUCGGGAGCAAGUGCAGGGUGCCCUCCAGCGGCUUCAUAGCACAGGAGAGACCAAGACUGCCAUCGAGUACAUGUUGAUGCGGGAGAACAAGGCCGCCGAAAAGCAAGGCCGGAAGCCGGACUUUAACAACCAGGCGAUGAUGGACGAGAUCGCCGGCCAGUUUAUCGCCGGCCUGCACACGACCAGCACGACCAUCGCAUGGACCUUCAUCUACCUGACCCGAUACCCGGAGAUCCAGAACAAGUUGCUUCAAGCGCUGCAAACCGCAUACCCCGAGGCCCACGCAGAGAAGCGGGCGCCCACACUAGCCGAACUGACCAAGUCCCGGGAGCCCUACCUGGAGGCCGUGCUGGAAGAAGCGUUACGGCUGCACGCCACCAGCUUGGCACGACAGGCCAUCCGAGACACGGAGGUUUUUGGUCAUCGCAUCCCCAAGGGCACAAACGUGAUCCUGAUCGCCAACGGCCCCGGGUUCCACGAGCCGUCCUUUGCCAUCGACCCCGCCAAGCGCAGCCCCACUGUCAAGGCCAACAACAGCUGGGACGAGACUCGCGAUCUAAAGGCAUUUGACCCGGAGCGCUGGCUUGUGCGUAAACAGAGCGAAUCUGGAACCGAGGAGGUUGAGUUCAAUGCGAAUGCGGCGGCGCAGAUCGCUUUCGGAAUGGGGCCGCGCAGCUGCUGGGGCCGGCGACUAGCGUACUUGGAGAUGCGUAUGGUUGUGACCCUGGUGGUCUGGAACUUUGCUCUGCUGCCCGUCUCGGAGACCCUGGCUGAUCCUAAGGCGAGCUAUGGGAUUGUCCACCGAGCAGACCAGUGCAACUUGAGGCUGCAGAAGAGGGAAGCGUGA